CACACGAAAAUAAUGGCCCCAAAGAAUUCCUCCUCUACUCUGGUUUUCUUGAUUUUGAUUCUCCAUUUGCUCUCGCUUUCAAACGUUCAUCAUGCCCUAUUGACCGACGGCAACAGCAGAAAAACCCUAGAAAUCAUCAUCGGAAUCGGAGGCGGUGGUCCCUCGCCCGAAUCCGAGGACAGUCCUCCACCUCCUUGCCCUCCUCCGCCGUCUCCUCCGCCACCGCCGCCUCCUCCUCGUUUCGUGAGUCCAUUGAUCGAGAAAGUGUUUCCGGUGAUCAAGAGGUUUCAAAAGCUUGUUGAAUACGAUCCGAAGAACAAACUCAAAACAUGGGAAGGUUAUGAUGUUUGUGCAAAGGACAAAUACGUGGGCCUCGAAUGUGCAAUAUACCCAGGAACGAAUUACCUCGCCGUUGCAUCUGUACAGUUCAACGAGUUUAACCUGGCCGGCAAGCAACUCCGUCUGGAUAACUUCCUCGACAAGUUAGAGGAAGUUACCAUCUUCCACGCCAACUCCAACAAUUUCGUGGGUUCUGUUCCGAGGGUAGACAAGUUGAAGUACUUGUAUGAACUCGACAUUAGUAGCAACAAGUUGUCGGGAGAGUUCCCGAGUUCAGUUCUUCAGGCCAAGAACUUGACGUUUCUUGAUCUCAGGUUCAACUCAUUUUCGGGUAUGGUUCCUCCUCAGGUUUUCAAUCUUGAUCUCGAUGUUUUGUUCAUCAACAACAACAAUCUCGUUCAAAACUUACCCGAAAACCUCGGCUCCAUCACCGCUCUUUAUCUCACAUUCGCCAACAACAGAUUUUCAGGUCCGAUUCCAAGCAGCAUAGGCAAUAUCAAGAACUUGCAAGAAGUUCUUUUCUUGAGUAACCGGUUAACCGGUUGCUUACCAUACGAAAUCGGAAAGCUAAACCUAGCAACGGUAUUCGAUGUCGGGUCUAACCUCUUAACCGGUCCUAUACCUUAUUCCUUUGGAUGCUUGGACAAGAUGGAACAACUCAACUUGGCAAGAAACACAUUCUAUGGAACCAUACCCGAAACCGUAUGUAAUCUUCCAAGGAUCCAGAACUUGUCGUUGUCAUACAAUUACUUCACGCAUGUGGGUCCGAAAUGUCGGGAACUGAUAAAGAAGAAGGUUCUGGAUGUUCGAAUGAACUGUAUUUUAGGCCUUCCGAAUCAACGAUCGGCCACUGAGUGUUCAAAGUUCUUCAUGAGAAAACAGCCUUGUCCAAACCCUAAAUCGUUCUUUUGGAUCCCUUGUGGAAAGAAUCCCUACGGUCCAAAACCCGAUCAAGAUCGAUCCAAUGGUUUACCUUCUCCGCCGGUAUCGUACAAUGCUCUUAAUCCGGAUCGGAUUCGGAACCUUUAAUCGAUUUUUUCUUAUCUAAGCUUCAGUGUGACAUAUUGAAGCAACAAUGUAAUAUGGUUCAUCAAGCCUCAUACCAUCUUGUUGUACACUUUUUAUCGAGUUUGUUCGUUCUUGUACUUCCUAGUUGUCAUGCACAUGAUUCAAUGACUUGUUCUUGAUUUUA